CAAGCACGUGAUAAAGAGAAAGCAGAUGUUGAUUUUGUUGUUUGUUUAAAAUUAAAUUUUUGGCCACCUGAUAUUCAGCCGUUUUUGAAACGUUUACAAGCAAGGAGAGAGUCGUUUUAUGAAUUGAUUAAAAAUGAAUAUAUGCAUGUUGUACCGAAAUGGUCAAAAUUAACACCAGCUAGUAGUCAAGAAUUCGAAUUUCGUUAUUCAUUUUCAGCUAUUGAAUUAAUUUUAGCUAAAAAUCGUACACAAAAGGAACAAAUUCUUAACGGUAUUGCACGAUCUAUCUAUUAUAAAUAUUCAUACAAACGAACAGAACUGACAUCCUAUUUUGUUAAGACAACUGUUUUAUGGAUGUGUGAGACAUUGAUGCCAAGCGCUGACCAUCAUUUAACUAAUUCAACAUUUGCACGUAGAUGGAUUGAUUAUGCUUGUCAAUUACUACAUUCAGGUGUAUGUCCACAUUAUUUUCUUGAAAAUAUAAAUCUAUUUGAAUCGUAUACUAGACAACAAUUAAACAAUGCUUAUGAAAUAUUAAAAACUGAUGUUAAUAUUCAUGAUAAUAGUAUGUUAACAACAAGUGAACAAUUAAAAUAUAAUUUUGAUUUUGAUUCUGAUUUUGAAGCAGAUAUUAGUGAAAAAGAUGGUGCUGUUAUAGAUGGUUGUCAACGAAUUGAGGAAUUUGCUUCGAAUUCAAAUUCACAGUUAGAAUUGAAAGAAGAUUAUAAAAAGUUAAAAAGAAUUUGGCCACAUCUUGAUCAGAGAACAUCAAUAACAGAUAUGAAUGAAGAGGAUCAUGAAAUGUUUGCUGUUAUCGAAAUGUUUGUCAUAUUCUUCCUCCUAUCAUUAAGUGAUGGUACUGAUGAACAAAAUUGGUUAAAAUGGAAAAAAUUAUUUUUAGAUUACAAUGACCAGUGUACUUCACAAGAAUCAAUAUGUGAUGAAAACAUCAGUAGUCAAACAAUAUGCCAAUUUGCUAUGGAUUUAACUGCAUCAAUUAACUUAAUCAAAUCAACCUAUGAUAAUUGUAUCAAGCCAAAAGCAACGACAGAAAGUCUGUGGUCAUUCCAUCAAAAUACAGCAUCACCAAUCGCUUUAAAUCUUCGACAGUCUUACCAAUGUUGUGUAAAUCUUCUCAAUGAUGCUCUUAAUUCGGAUACACAAUCGAAUCGUAUAUUACCAUUAAUGAACAAUAUAUUGCAAUCAUCACCAACAACAAUUUUGGAAAAUCAUCCACAAGGACCUGUAGCAACACAUGGAUUGCAUGAAACCGAACAAUGGCUGAAAUUAUUUACAGAAUUAGCAUUUGAUAGUGAACCAGUGAAGAGUAUGUUACAACAAACAGGUUUGAUAAAUGAAGAAACAGAUCAAACUAUAUCGUCAGCAAAAACAGCCGCUACAGCCUCUGUCGAAAGUCAAGUUUGUUCGAUAUCAUAA